UUUUGUUGUUUAAUUGAAUUUUAAAUAUCAGUGUCUCCUUUCAGUUAUGGUUCAUAUUGGGUCUCUGAGGUAUUAUGUCAUGUUUGUGCUGCUACUGAAUAGGCUCUCUCUUACAUAAAGUGCCUUUGUAUUGCAGCUCAGGUUUUUGUGGAUUAUAAUAGCAAUAUUUUUGCACAGUCAGCAUGUUAUGUGAGUGGGGAGUUCAGUUUCUGUAGCUUUGUGGUGUGACUAUAGGCAGAGUUUAUGUCUCGUUGCGUUAGUGCAAAGCUGUGUUGCCGGGGCUGUGUCACAGUGAGUCACCACAAGAGGGAGGGACUUAGGCAGGAGGACAAUGCUGGUGUUUGUGCAACGGCCCCUGAGUGGCGACUAGGUCUCUCAGAUCGCUCUCGCUUGAAUACCAUUGCUGCACACAUUGUUGAAGCGAAAGAAAAGUGGACAGCUUGAUCCUGCUUGUGGGAUGCACUGAGAGGGACCACUGGUAUUCCUGUGUAGCACAGCAGAGCAGGAAGAUUGGCCAGAGGACACCGGUUAAGCUCAGGUGGUGGGUGCCACAUUAUAGCGGAGAGGAACCCCAAUGGUUCCCCACUGUGGAAGAACAGACACCACAUUGAUACCAUAGCUGCAUUUGUGCUGGAGUCAGGUGGGCCGGUAAGGGUACGGUAGUGGUGACACCUUGGGGCUGAGCAGGUGUGCCGAUCGGAGGAGGAGGAAGGAAACUGACGUGGGCCUGGAGCCCAGUGACAGCCAGGAUGGCCGAGCAGAAAGUUAGCCUACCUGCUAAGCUGAUUAAUGGGGGCGUGGCAGGGCUGGUGGGUGUGACCUGUGUGUUUCCUAUUGAUCUGGCUAAGACCCGCCUACAGAACCAGCAGGGUGCCCGAGUCUACACCGGGAUGCUGGACUGUUUGACGAAGACGGUUAAGAUGGAAGGCUACUUUGGGAUGUAUAGAGGUGCAGUAGUGAAUCUCACUCUUGUCACACCAGAGAAAGCCAUCAAACUGGCAGCAAAUGAUAUCUUCAGACAGAAACUCUCCAAGGAUGGGAAGUUGCCCCUAUGGGGGGAGAUACUGGCAGGAUGUGGGGCGGGGACGUGUCAGGUGAUAGUGACUACACCCAUGGAGAUGCUCAAGAUCCAGUUGCAAGACGCAGGAAGGUUAGCUGCCAUAACCAGAGUGGUCCAAGCACCCACUGCAGCUCCUGGUCCAGCGCCGUCAUUGGUGGCCCCCCCUCCAGCCCAGCCAGCCCCACCACCACGGACCACUGCCAUCCGUAUCACCCUGGAGCUACUGAAAACACGUGGCCUGCCUGGCCUCUACCGGGGAGCAGGAGCCACAUUGAUGAGGGACGUCCCUUUCUCUAUGAUCUACUUCCCGAUGUUCGCCAACCUGAAUGCGCUGGGCCGAGGAGGGCUGAGUAGCCAUGGAGACCUGCAGGAGCGGGCCCCCUUCCUGCAGUCCUUCACGGCAGGCUGCACAGCCGGAUCAGUGGCAGCUGUAGCUGUCACACCACUGGACGUCAUAAAGACUCGUAUACAGACCUUGCAGAAGGGGGAGGGGGAGGACACAUACCGUGGCAUUGUUGACUGCACACGGCGGAUCUGGAGUAAAGAGGGCCCAGCAACAUUCCUCAAGGGGGCGACAUGUCGCGCUCUGGUCAUUGCCCCUCUCUUUGGCAUCGCACAGGGAGUCUACUUUCUGGGCGUAGGAGAGCAGUUGCUAGGGCUACUGGAAUAGCAGCAGAAUGUGACCCUUUACAGUAUAGAACAUACUGCUUCAUUCAGCAGUGAAAGUGAAUGGAGGGAGAGAGGAGAGUGUAGCCCUAACUGUAUGAGCACUGAGUACGUGGAGAGAGCGAGAGAAAGACCGAAAGAGAGAGGUCACAAUCAGCUAACCAAAUGAAGGGGAUAAGAGAGUGAAGUAUGAUGGGGAGGCUCUAACUGCUAACAUGGGAAACAACAUUGCACACUAAUUAUGUUUGUCUAUAUUUCUAAAAUGUGUAAGCAGGGUUCUAUAGGCUUCUGAGUGUUUAUGUAUGUGACUAAUCUGGAGGUGUGUCUCAGCUAGGUUGGUGUCUUAGGAUUGUAUUUUCAACUUGAGAGCUAACUCUCCAUGGUUCUUGUGCAGAAGGGUCCUUGAGUUUGCCAUCACUAAGGAAGUUGCCAAGCUAUCGUGUUAUUUGAGUGACAAAACCAUCUUGAAAUUUGUUUUCAAACGAUCAAAUCUUUUUAUGAAUGUUGUAUAAUGUUGACUACAUUGCCAUGUUUGAUGAGAAGUCUAAACUAGAAUUUGGCCUGCAUUUCAAAGCAAAUGGUUCACCUUUCACAGAGAGACAUCCUUUUUGUUUUGUUUUAUGAAAAAGGACUUAACCUCCACAUUAGCUCAGUGAGUUGCUUUCCCAUCCGUGAGUCCAGAGUUGUAAUCUUGGACUCGUUCUGUGUCAAGCACUGCCAGUUAACUGUAUAGGGUCAGUUGUUAAUGCUUUAAUCCUAUCUCUGUACUGUAACCUGCUGAACAGCCAGGCUCCUCUCCUAUAGUUUAGACUGCUGGGCCUGCACUCUGAGGCCUUACCUUCCUGUUCACCACAACUCUGAGGCUCGGAAGCAAACCGCCUCUAGCUGUAUUACUGUUAGCUUAACUUUUUUAAUGCUUCUAUGAAUGACAUGUCGGUUCACACAAUAAAAAUAAUAAAAAAGCCUUA